AUGGGAAUACACACUGGUGAGAAGCAUUUUGCCUGCUCAGAUUGUAGUAAAAGAUUCUCUCGUAACGAACACUUGAGAAGUCGUAUAAGAACCCACACUGGAGAGAAACCUUUUGCCUGCUCAGAUAGCGGUCAAAGAUUCACUCAAAAGGGAAGCUUGAAAAUACACACACGAGCCCACACCAGUGAGAAGCCAUUCGCCUGUUCAGAUUGUAGUAAAAGAUUCUCGAGUAAGAAACAGUUGAGAAGUCAUGUAAGAACCCGCACUGGAGAGAAACCUUUUGCCUGCUCAGAUUGCGGUCAAAGAUUCACACACAAGGGAAACUUGAAAAUACACACACGAGCCCACACGGGUGAGAAACCUUUUUCCUGCUCAGUUUGUGGUCAAAUAUUCUCCCAGAAGCAAAACUUAAAAUUACACACACGAGCUCACACUGGUGUGAAACCUUUUGUUUGCCGAGUUUGUGGUAAAAAAUUCACUCAGAAGGGAGGCUUAAAAUUACACACAAGAAACCACACUGGUGAGAGACCUUUUCCCUGCACAGUUUGCGGUAAAAUAUUCACUCACAAAGGACACUUAAAAUUACACACAAGAACACAUACUGGUCAGAAACCUUUUGCCUGCUCAGUUUGUAGUCAAAGAUUCACAAUGAAGGGAAGCUUAAAAAAAAACACACAAUACAUACUGGUGAGAAACCUUUUGCCUGCUCAGUUUGUGGUCAAAGAUUCAGUCAGAAGGAACACUUAA